AUGUACGCCGCCAUAUCUGGUUGUUGUUCACAAAAGGCCUCUAGUUCGAAUACGGCGUGGUGCUUGUAUAUUCAGGCUUAUACAGAUACAGACGCAGUUUAUGCAGUACAAGAAUCUUGUCAAUAUAUCAGCAAAUAAUCUCCAUAAGCACUACACAUAGAAGCAUUUUCUGAUAGUGAACACUGUUUGGACAUGGCUGGUGUACUGAGAGGACGGGAGACGGUUGUUGAAGCAACAACGAUCUAUGAUUAUUACGAACGCAAGAUAAACAACACUCCAGGGACUGCUGGAUUGGAAGCUAUACGCUACAAUGGAAGAAGCAUCACCCAUGGGAAAUUGAAUGCCAAGGCAAAUAUUCUCGCUAAAGCAAUAUUGAAAAGGAUUGAAUCCUCCAGUGGGACAGUAGAUCCGAUUAUUGGUGUGUUUAUACAGCCGAGUGAUGCUCGAAUAAUUGCGAUUCUUUCAAUCUUCAAAUUAGGUGCAGGGUAUGUACCGCUGGAUCCAGUUCUUCCAGCAGAACGAAUCAAGCAUAUCGUCAAUGAAGCGAAACCGUUGUGUAUAAUCGCAUCAAAGGAAAAUAAAACACUAUUUAACAAUGUCGAAAUACUCGGAGUUGAUGUCUUCGAGAUUUCAGAACUAUUAGACAAUGAAGAGUCCAUAUCCGGUGACAAUCUUAUCCCGAAAGAAAGACUAUCAAAUGCUAAGGACCCACUUGCAUGUGUCCUGUAUACGUCCGGGAGUACAGGUACUCCCAAAGGAGUGAAACUGCGUCACAGUAAUGUUAUGAAUAGACUUAUGUGGCAAUGGGAGACGCUUCCGUUCAAAAAAGAUGAUGUUGCAUGUGCUAAGACUUCCAUACUAUUUGUUGACUCACUCACAGAAGCAUUUAGUGCGUUGUUAGCGACUGUCCCGAUUGUGAUUGUUCCCAAGUCUGAUACGCAGAACCCUGAGAUUUUUGUAAACAUUUUGAGUGAAAACAAAAUUACUCGACUCGUUGUUGUCCCGUCGUUGCUAAAAAACAUACUACUCUAUCUCCAGUUAAAACAAGAUUCAACGUCUCUAAAGCAACUGCGAGUUGUUGUCACAAGUGGAGAAAUCUUGCCAUCACUCCUGCUUACAGAAUUCUUCAAAGCAUUUCCAACGGGCUGUAUUCUAGCUAACCUGUACGGGAGCACCGAAACAACAGGAGACAUCACUGCAGAGCUUUUCACAAGUGAUGACAUCACAAACAAAAUAACAAAUGGAAAGGUAAAGAUAGGAUCUCCUAUUGACAACUGCAACGUCUAUCUAUUAGACACAGACAUGAAACCAGUCCAGGAUGGUGAACUUGGCGAGAUGUUUUUCAGUGGCGCAAACAUAUCUGAAGGAUAUAUGGAUCGAGAGAAAAUGGUUCAGUUUGUAGCGAAUAUGAUAAGUCCAUCUCCCAACCAUGAAAUUCUUUUCCGAUCUGGCGACUUUGGACGAAUCAUUGACGGUGGAAUACUAUACGAGGGAAGACAAGACGCUCAGGUUAAGAUAAGAGGUCACAGGGUAAACUUAACAGAAAUAGAAAACGUAGUGUUAAGAGUGAAUGGAGUCGAUAAAGCUGUAGUGAUAGCUCACGAGACGAAUGAGUCUAACAAAGUUCUUGUUGCGUUCUUUACAUGCCUAACCGGGGAAGAUCUUACAGAAGUCGUCAGGACAAAGUGUAAGGAAAAUGUCCCGACGUAUAUGGUGCCACAGGUGGAGCAAUUAGACACGAUGCCACUUCAGAGCCACACUGGAAAGGUCGAUAGGGUAAAUCUCAAAGUGAGAUUCGCUGCAAAGUACGCCAAAGCCAAAGAUGACGACGAUGCAGUCAAGAUGCCCGAUCCAGUAGCUGAUGUUAUAUUUUCUGUGAUUGCUAAAGAGUUGGGAAUUUUCAAAACAUCACUCAAUUAUGAAGAUAAUUUCUUCAAUGUUGGAGGAAACAGCGUGAACGCCAUGUCCGUCUUGAUGAAGCUAAAAACACAUGGCGUUUCGAUCGGGAUAACGGAUUUCAUAAAAGCUACCUCGUUGCGUGAGGUUGUACAACUUGCCAAAUCUUCCACUGGAAACAUUGCGUCUUCCAUCCCACCCGGGAAAUACAUCGUUAGAUUGCUCAAUGACGAUCCAAACUUAGAGGAAGCUGUCCGCCUGAACGCAGAAAACUUUUGCUCAAAAGAAUUCAUGACAGAGUAUCUGAAAAUACCAGUUGAUAUGUUUGUCAACUUCGUCAACAAUUUCAUGCCACAAGUUCUUGAAGAACGUCUGUCUAUAACUGUCAGGGAUGCAAACACUGGGACAUUACUUGGUGCUACUUUUAACGUAACUACGGAAGGGGAAUCCGAUGUCGUAUGGCCUGAUAAAAUGCUUCCAAUAGCGGCGUUCUUGGAACAAGGCGAGGGACCAUUGAAAGAAAAGACUGCAGAACUGGGUGGUAAAUGGGUGGCCUCUUUUGUAGCAGGGACAAACUUGUCUUUGUCUUUCAAAGAAAAUCUCGAAUUGAUGUGGUUAAUGGAGAACGAGAGUUUGAAAAUAGCACGAGAUGCUGGCUACGAUGGCUUCACUUCAGUUAACACCCACUAUGUCACAUGCGAUAUGGCUGAACAUACGUUUGGAUACACAGUGGUUAGCGUUAAUAAAGUCAAAGACUUUAUUUAUGAUGGGAAACAAGUGUUCAGUGGCUUACCAGACGAUUUGUAUGGAAAGGGGGCGUACAUUCAAUUAAAAACAGCACAGAUAGAAAAUACAUGAAGACCAGAGACGAGUUGAGAGAAAUUGUCACAAUAUUUCUUGGCGCACAACAUUCGAUGUAUCGUCUUUUUAUAAUGAGUCCAGCAUUUGUGUUUUUUUAUCACGAUGAUCUUUAUUGUUAAAUUGCUUCAAACACUGGUGAUCCGCUCGAUUACGCUGGUUACCGAGACGGUUCGUUUCGGUAACAAAAUGCCGGAACGUUGAAGGAACGAUUUAACGAAGGUACGAUUGGGAUAAAAAUGUCGUGAGGAUUCUGCCUACAUCCGCCGAAUCGUUUCGGUAACCAGCGUAAUCGAGUGGAUCACCGGUGUCAAAGACAUAGCUUAAACUGCUUCCAAC